AAACCGUGAUGACGUCAAUUUCGACGCACAGGACGCAAAGACUUUACUUUCUCCCCACGCACAACAUUGCAAGUUGACAGCUACAACACAACGAGGGACAGUGGCUCCUGAGAACCAGAGGAAUAGCUGCCAUGGGCGACACACUGGAGUUCAGUGACAUUUACCAGGAGGUCAAAGGGUCAUGGAAUGACGGCCGUCUGCGGUUCGGUAGACAGAGUGUGGUGUAUAAGAGCAGUAAGACAGGGAAGGUGGACAGCAUCCCAGCUGCGGAGCUGUCUCAGGCCCAGUGGAGACGUGUGUGUCUGGGACAGGGCAUCAAGCUGACCACCAGCACCGGGCACAUCUACAAAUAUGACGGCUUCAGAGACACGGACUUUGAGAAGAUCUCUGAGUACUUCAAAGCCCACUACAAAGUGGAGCUGUCAGAGAAGGAAUUGUGUGUGAAGGGUUGGAACUGGGGCACCACCAAAUUCUCUGGCCCUCUCCUGUCAUUCGAGGUGAGCGACAGCCCAGCGUUUGAGAUCCCCCUGGCCAGCGUGUCCCAGUGCGCCACGGGGAAGAACGAGGUGACACUGGAGUUCCACCAGAACGAUGAGGCAGAGGUGUCGCUGAUGGAGGUCCGCUUCUAUGUCCCGCCCGGGGACACUGCCACCACGGAAGAGGGGCCAGAACCUGUGGAGGUGUUUAGAGACCGUGUGCUGUCCAAGGCAGAUGUGAUCCAGGCUACAGGAGAUGCUGUGUGUAUCUUCAAAGAGCUGCAGUGUCUCACGCCCAGGGGCAGGUAUGAUAUCCGUAUCUACCCGAGCUUCCUCCACCUCCACGGUAAGACAUUUGACUACAAGAUCCCCUACACCACUGUGCUACGUCUCUUCCUGCUACCACACAAGGACCAGAGACAGAUGUUCUUCAUGAUCAGUCUAGACCCGCCCAUUAAACAGGGGCAGACACGUUACCACUUCCUCAUCCUGCUCUUCUCCAAGGAGGAGGACCUCAGCCUCUCCCUCAACAUGACAGAGGAGGAGGUGGAGAGGCGUUAUGGGGGGAAGCUCAGUAAGAACAUGUCAGGCUCUCUCUAUGAGAUGGUCGGCAGGGUGAUGAAGGCUCUGGUCAACAAGAAGAUCACUGUGCCUGGAAACUUCCUGGGUCACUCGGGGACCCAGUGUAUAACGUGUUCCUACAAAGCGUCGUCAGGCCUGCUCUAUCCUCUGGAGAGGGGUUUCGUCUACAUACACAAGCCCCCCGUACACCUGCGCUUUGAGGAGGUGUCGUGUGUGAACUUCGCCAGAGGCACCACCACCACGCGCUCCUUCGACUUUGAGAUCGAAACCAAGCAGGGCACCCAGUUCACCUUCAGCAGCAUUGAGAGAGAGGAGUAUGGGAAGCUUUUUGACUUUGUGACCGCCAAGAAGCUCAGCAUCAAGAACAGAGGGUUCAAAGAGAAAAAGGGUAUAAAGGGUAAAGAUGACAUGUUGGAGGACUCAGACGAGGACCAGCACGAUGCCUACCUGGAGAGGAUGAAAGAGGAGGGCAAGAUCAGAGAGGAGGCCAAUGACAGCGAUGACUCCGAUGGAGAGAGCGAUGAGUCUUUUAACCCUGGAGAGGAGGAAGAUGACAUAGCGGAAGAGUAUGACAGUAAGGCAUCAGCCAGUGACAGCAGUGCAGAGGGGGGAGACAGUGACAGAGAAAAGAAGAAGAGACCAGCCAAGAAGGCCAAAGUGGUGAAGGAGAGGAAACCACGCAAGAAGAAGCCGAAGGACAGUGGCGCCCCCAAGAGGCCGAUGAGCGCCUAUUUCCUGUGGCUGAAUGCGAGCCGCGAGAGCAUCAAAGCAGAGCACCCUGGGAUAUCCAUCACAGAGAUCUCCAAGAGGGCCGGGGAGAUGUGGAGGGAACUGGGGAAGGAGCAAAAAGUGGAGUGGGAUGGGAAAGCGGAGGAGGCGAAGAAGGACUAUGAGGUAGCGAUGAGGGAGUACAGAGAGAGUGGAGGAGGAUCCUCUGCCCCCUCCAAAAACUCUGUUGGGCUAAACUGCUGUGAGCGCCUCUAUCUAUCCCGGGAUCCUGCCAAAUUCCGUAUAGGAGGAGAGACGAGAAAGCCCAGCUAGCCUAGCUGGCUCGGCGGGCUCAAAUGGAGGCCGCUAUCUAACGCAGGAACUGUGUUUACUUUGCUUUGUUCCGGGACAAUGUGGACCACGCUGACUUUCAAUGUAGCAACUGCUUGCGGAGGACUACAGGAGCGAAGCAGCUACUCUUGGCAAGCAAGUAGCAAACCUACAUAAGCUACUGGGGAACCCACGUCCACCUACUUUUUAUUUUUCUUCCACCCCAGUAGCCGGACGCCGCUCUGGUCUGGUGGUAGUUUCGCCGCCAUGUCGCGGCUCUCCACAGCCGACUGGCUGGUGCUUUGCAGGGUUCCAUCCCCGAAGGGGUCUCCCCAUUACGUCACUCGCCUUGGACGUCGAAGAAGGUGUCCUCUGGCAAUGGUGGUCUCCAUGAGAUGUUGAGCCCGGAACUGACACAGACCAAAAACAGAUUUGCCACCCUGGAUCCAGAGGUUCCAGCGCCUUCGUCCUGGGUGGGUUCCCAAUCAAGAUCCUAUCUGGAGGUAGCUGCGUCUUCGUCCUCUGUUCUGUCUCCCUCUCCAGUGGCUUCUACCUCGUGUUCAGAUCCUCGGAGCUCCCAGCCUCACCAGACCGUGAGGCUGCCUGAGAGACCGGCCCAUUCAACAUCACCAGCUGUCAUCAUAGGAAACAUCUCGAUUCCCAAGGCAAAAACCCUGUGCUUACCCAGGAGCAUGAGUACAGAACAUAACAAGGCUGCUUCCAACUGUUCUACCACAGAUGCCGGGAGCUGACACUGUCGUAGUCCAUGUGGGGUCAAA